AUGAUCACUACAAAACUAACAAUUCCAAACCUAUAUAAUAUUGUUAUUAUCCUACUAUUGUCAUUCUUUACUCCACAAUGCCUUUCAUUAUCAUUGACUUAUUGCUCAUCACAAAACUUGGGCUCCGAUUCCGUAUCUUACCAAUACAUGUCCAAUGGAUAUUGUCAAACUAGAUGUCAAAAAUUGGGCUACGCCGUGGCUAUAGUGUCGCGAUUUGAUUGUUAUUGUUCUAAUGAUGUACCUCAAGAUCAACUUGACUUGAGUGAAUGUGAUACUUCUUGUCCUGGGUAUCCGGUGGAAAAAUGUGGUGAUGAAGACCAUUUUGGAUAUGUGGUGUUUGGCGAACCUAGUGCCACUGUUGGUGAGACUUCUUCUACUUCUAGUACCUCAUCAACUAGCAAAACAUCAUCUUCAUCUUCAUCUUCAACAUCAACCAGCACAUCUUCAUCUUCAUCUUCAUCUUCAUCUUCAACUAGCACGUCCCCAACCAGCACAUCUUCAUCCACCUCCUCCUCCACCUCAAGCUCAUCCACUUCCUCCUCAACAUCACAGCCAACAACAAUGGUUACACGCACAACCCAAGUGACUCAAGUUCAUCUGUCAAAUGAUGUGGUCAAAGUCACUGAAUACUACACAGUCACUCCAUCACCUUCAUCCACCCUGGACACCGAUUCCAGCACAUCUCAAUCAAGCUCACCCCAAAUUGUGUCGUCAACAGUUGUACUCAUAUCAACCCAAAUUCAAGCGUCGACUGUAUAUUCAGUGGUUACAGUGAAUGGCUCCCAAAGUCAACAAGAAGUUAGCACAAUGUAUAUAACACAGUCUGCAAACUCAACAUCAAUCGAUUCCCAGCCUACUGGAAACAGUAGCAGUGGUGGCGAAGCUACUACACUAGAAGACCUGACUGGUGCUGCAGGAGUAGCAGCUACAUCAACUUCCAAUCCAAACUCAUCGUCUGAAACAGAUCUGUCCUCCUUCUCCUCACCAACCACCUCACCCUCCACAUCCUCCUCACCACCAGAGAACGAAAACAAGAAUGCAUUCUUUUCCGAUGCUGGAAAAGUUGCCGGGACAUUCACCGCAGUAGGGGUGGUUGUUUUAGGAAUAGUAUCAGCAAUACUUUACUGCUGCUGUUGCUGUACUCCCGCUGGGCGUCGUAAACGUAAUGGUGCUGGGGCUGGUGCUGGUGCUGGUACUGGUGGAGGUGAUCGUGAUACAUCAGAUGAAGAAAAUCGGUACUCACUGGACUUUGACGAUGACGUUACUCAUGAGAAAGUAGUUGCUUUCAAUAAACACCAACAACAAAGAAAUAAUACAUACCCACCGCCACCAGAGUAUCGACACAGUAAACAAUCGUCAUUCUCAUCGUUGAAACGAGAUAAUUCAAACAAGACACUAUUUUCACUAUUUAUGGGUGGAAACUCAAACCACAAUACUGACAAAGACAAGGCCAAUGCCAAUAGCAACUACUAUUAUAAUAACGAUUACGGAAGCAGUGGUGGUCUGGGAAUUAAUCGUAAUUUGUCGCGCAAGAAGUUGUUACGAGGUGCACCAGGUGGUGUCGGUGGCAUGGGUAAUGGCGGAGACUUCUCUGAUGAUAAUGGAGAUAUUAUCAUGUUUCCAAUUGAUGAAAAUAAUCAACCUAUGUUUAGUAGCCAAUCACUUGAAGAUAUUCAUAAUCAUAAUGGAGGUAGUGGUACUUUGAAGAUUGCCAAUCCAGAUUAG